AUGGCAAAUCUGACGCCUCCCAUUGGAUCUCGCCUGGCUCACGGCUUUGUCAGGGAGAGUCGACCUGACACCUCUUCCACGCCCAUCCGACGUCCAUUGACGCAAUUUCACAUGCCGAUAACCGCUAUGUCCAGCUCCACCGAAGACGGCGAUUCCCUACUACCUGAUUUGGCUGCAGCCCGUGUCUUCACCUCCGGGCUUGAAACUCCGUCGUUUAAACCCGAGAUCCCGGUCGACCUCACCUCUACCGCUCUCCUCUCAACCAGAAUGCACUGCAUGCUUCUCGUUGUUGGGUCUUCACAACAAACAUUGCAGGAGCUUCGGACGUUUCAAUGCAUCAGAAGCACCUUUCAAUCUGGACAUCAACGAGACCAGGGCGAUGUAUUGCUUGCAAAGCCGGUCUUUCAGCAUCAGCAGCACUGGUAUCUUCCAUUUUUGGCUGCUGAACCCAUGAGAAUAAUGUCAAACCUUCCACCGCAGCAAUCGAAGGCACGAGAUCCACCGCAAUUGCACAUGAAUCUCCCUUUGUGCAUCAAGCUCAUGUCCAUCGAGUUUGGUUUCAAAAAAGACCGCUUCGUCAAGAACUUUCCUGAUCUGUAUUCUUCACCCGAGAAACCAGCUCAGCCACCUAUGGCUUCCUCCGAUGAUGAAGUCUUGGGCGACAUCUUGAUUCAAGCUGUAGACCGCUCAGCCGACGAUUCAUCCAACCCACACGAGACCUCACCACAGCCGCAAGCUGCACUACCUUCACAAGAGACCACCAGCAAUGCCACCACUUCCAGCAAUCGCAACACACCCAUUCCCACCAUUGAGUCCAGCGACAUCACAGUCACGAUCGAAUUCAGAUGCUCAGACACUCAAACGGAGGCGGCAACCAUCAAGGCCUGGCGACCCAUCUCCAGGGACAUCAAAUCCAGAGCGUCGGAGAAAGACUUCAGUGAAAUGCUGCGAGAAGCGCUACGUGAGAAGCUGACGAGCGAGCAGCAGCUGAUAGACCGCCUGCAGCUGUCUGAACAAGAAGUGCAUAUGUAUCCUGCAAUCACAUUCAACGACUGGAGAGACCUAUAUCUGACGCCAGACGUGCGCGGCACAUUCAAGUUCGAAGUCGUCGAGGAUCUUUUCGUUCGGCCAUUCGACCCCAAAGCAAUACUUGUCAUCGUUGAUGUCGCCAUCCGAAAACUGCAUUCAGAGGCAGACACGUUCCUGAAGCCGAAUUGCGAUCAGUUCUUGCCUCUUGGAUGGGGCCCCACUCAGGAGCCGUCAUACUACCGCAUCCCGAACGGCAAGGCGUUGACAGGCGCUCGUACAACGCACCUGGUGAGAUUCAACAACGGCAUGCUGAAACCCCUGACAGUCGAGUCCUGGCUCGUCUCAGAACGCCUUCUAGGUGAUGUCGAGACCGGAAAGGUCCUGAACGACUUCGAGCCGCCGAUGAAACCAUUUCCUCAUUUCGGACAACCAAACGCUGCGUCGUUAAAGGAUGCUGUCAAGAACAAGAUCGAGAAGCUGGAAAAAACGUCUACGCUUGGUGUUUCUGAUCGAAAUGUCCCCGGUGUGCCAAAGCUCAGUUUCCAGCCAUACGCCUCGAACAAUCUAGGACCGCUUUCAGCAGUCGACAGAGUGAUCCCAACCGCUAUUCGAUUUGUCAACCGCCUCUCCCAGAACCAAAGCUUGGACAUACCGACGACAGAGUGGUUUCCCUACUACAGCCACUUCGAUCCAGCCCGAGUCUGUACGCUCUUGCGAAAUUUGCUGAACAAAGAUACAGAAAGCAACAGUAAUCAAUCAUACACCCUGUUCUCCAGAGACGAGUGCGACAAGUGGAACAUAGAUCUUUGGGUCAUGCCUCAAGACGAUGGUGAGCGCAAGAUGCGCUUCUGGUGGUGUGGCAGCCUGGCCCAGUUUUUGUCCGAUGCUGAUGACUGGAAGGACGAUCUGCGACUCUACAUGGAGGCACACAUUGUGCCUGUUACGACACAGCAUUGCCAAAGCGAGAUCUCUCAGUCAGCCCAGAAAGCCAGCCUUCAUUCACCUGUGGCGACUUCUGAAGCCGGAUCUUCAGGCUCCUGCAACGCAGAAGAUGCAAAGAGUAGUGAGGGCCCCUCAGCUUCGUCGGACGCAGAGGCUGUCAGUGAGGAUCCAGAGCCUGACGAAACUAUCUUCAAUCACAACGACAGUGGCGAUGAAGAGGACGAGAAGCUACCGAACUACCUGUCUUGGGUGGAGCCAGAUUCAGGCCCGCGUGGCUGCAGCGGCCACAUUCGGACGACGUUUUCGUUCCCCAAAGAACGCUACCAAUUUCCUGUGCAGGAAUUGCCUGUGCAGCAAAGUGUCAUCUCCUUGGACAAGCCGCUGUCUGAUCUACCUGAAAUUGUAGAUAGCCACUUUCAAGCCGCCUCACGACCUCAUGCCGCAUAUGUCUCUGACUUUCAACAGCGCGGCGGAAAGGUGGUUUUGGACAUGGGAAUAUCCUUCAAGAAAGACAAUUCGGGGAGGAAUCACUACGUCAAUGCCAAAGAACUCGAGAGAUGUCGAAUCAAACACUUCAGAGAUCUUUUCAGAAGCCACCACGAUGUGAAGGUCGGAGCAGUGGUGCCGGCUCAUGCUAAGAUCGAGUUGUUUCUCGGCUCUGGCGCAAGCAAGACUUCGUCGCAGGCGCAGAACUCCUCACAGACGCAAGAACAAGCAGACUCUGGAAUCCGAUAUCAUCGCUACGGAACGAUUUCGUUGUCACAAGGAAACACAAAUCAAUCACGCCACUCACCAAUGAAUCUUGCCUUGCUUGCUCGUUACGAUCCCGCCGACCCGUCUACUUGGAGGCCAGUCCAAGUGCCUUACAGAAAAGUGAACGGUACGUUGAUAGGGACGUUGUCAGAAAAAGAGGAGAGCAGUCAUCAAGAACCCUUCCAACCUGGAACGAGACUGGUCAAGAAGUAUCAGGGCGUACCACAGCAUCGCUCUGCUGAUGCCAUUGGAUACCCCUUGGAAGUCUACAUCAACUGGGUGCUGAAACAAGCAGUACAGCAUCGCUUCUCGGAGAGAAACGUUCCAAAACUGCCCAACCUCAGCUUCAUUCAAUUCAAUUCAGACAGUAGGAUCCCGUCCCAGGGAGACGCCGAGAAGAUCUAUCUGGCAUUCCGCAUCGAAAAUCGGCUCCAUGAGCUUGGUCUCGAGGAUGUCGCAGUGCCUAGAGAUGUCCUCAUGACUGUCAAUGCGUUUGCGCUUGCCUCUCAAACGUUCCCACUCAUUGACGGAACUCUGCAGGCGAGGCUGGAGCAUUAUGCGGCGACUACCGAUCACAAGAUACGCUCUGGGAAACAUCCUUCACGACUCUUCCACGAGGACACCAAAGGAAAGUGGAAAAUCAUCUACUGGGUGAUGCCGCAGGCAAGCACGAUGCAAAAGCUACGCCCUUAUCGCAAGGGUGAAGUCAAAUUGGAGCAGUUUCUGGACAAGCACAUGGUGAAAAAAGGUGAUACGAGAUUGGACUUCACUGUGGAAGCUGAGACUUGGUAUCGAUUGAGGUUGGGAAACACCAUCAAGCGCUGGCUCGCCACCAGUCCAAGACCAAACGCCGAACAAACAGAUGAGAUGACUGAGCCGGAAACGCCUGUUCGACUGAUUCAGGAUGAAACCUUACAAUCUAAUGGACUGGAUGGCCGCUCCAAUGCCCCACGAAAGAAGUCCAUCACCAUCCGCUUGUCCUCGUCCCGCUCUGCCUCCAUUCCAUCGUCCUCAUCCAACGAACCACAAACGCCAUCCCACUCUCCAAAGAUCAUCUUCCAGAGCUCAAUCGACGGCAGAAUCUUCGCUGAAGCUGACGAUGCUGACGAUACCAUCGAUAAAGUCGACCCCUCGAUCAAAGACCCAGUCCGCAUCUCGGUACAUGUCUCCUGCAACGGGAUGAUCUACGUCCACAGAGCCGUCAUCAGCUUGGAUUGCCCCAGGGAGGGACUGACUACAGCCAUUGCAAGGCUGUGUGCCGACUGGCGCGCCUCACAGGCAGAGUACUUACAAUUCCUCCAAACCCACGGCAAAUGCGUCCACAUGGUCGCCAACAUCCACUUCGGCGACCACCGCGACUUGUACGUGAGCGGCAACGAGCAAGGCUGCCACCGCUUCGAGACUCUGCGUGACUUCUUCGACAGCGAGGAACUCCACUUCCUCGAGAGCACCGGCAAGCUGCCCAUGAUCGGCGUCAUCGUCACCGUCCAAGCAGAGAACAUGCCCGAGGGAGGAGGUGUAUCAGAAUAUCCUUCCCCGACAACCACCCAAUGGUCCCACCACCGCGUCGGCGGCUGGACCAUCGCCGACAAGACCGAAAACUCCCAACACUCUCCGCUCAGCAUCGGGCUCUACGCCCCCUACGACCGCGCCACCGGCCACAUGCACGCCAAACUGAUCGAAAUCCGCGAACGCGAGAUCAACAACCUCCUCAUCGACUCCUUCACCAACCCGCUGAAACACGACCACAUCACCACGCCCUCGCACCUCGAACCCCAAUACAUAGGCCUGACCUCAGCAAACCACAAAGUCCACAAACUGAUCAAGCGCAACGUCCUCUUCAACGCGAAAUUCCACCGUCCGGAGCAGAACGUCGCCAUCCUGCCGAUGAUGACCUUCAAUGAGUUCACGCGGCCUGAGGGGGCGGCUCAUACGGAUAGCAUCUCGAACGAUCCGAUCCACCUCGCCGUCCGCCUCGUCAACGCCCUGCCUCCAAACCUCCAACACAUCCACCUCCCCACCAACAUCCUCCUCACCGUCCACCCCGGCAAAGGAACCAAAUCCGCUAUCAUCACCACCCUCACAUCCACCCUCCAAGCCUACGGCAAGAAAUUCCUCUUCGACCAUCUCGGCAUCGGUCAGCUCUUCAAACCCAAGAUGCACGAGGAUGGAGUCGUGAGGGACGUCUGGAACGAGCAUCGUCUGGAUCUUUGGGUUUUGCCGCAGAAGGGCCAUGGUAGGAUGCAUUUGUUCGAGAGGGGCAGUUUGAAGUGGUUUUUGGAUGCGGAGAUGGCGGCGGAGGGGGAUCGGAGGCUGUAUGUUGAGGCGUGGAUUUUGCCGGGGGUGGAGAGGGAGUUGUGGGAGGUUGUGAGUGAGGGGGAGGAUGAGUGA